GGAGGGUGGGCGGGCCUACGAGGCUGGCCCCUCCCCCGGGUCGGACGCCGUGAGGAGCCGCGGGCGGGCGGGCGGACAGACUGACGGGAGGGCCGGGCGGCGAGCAAGAUGGCGCAGACUCAGGGCACCAAGAGGAAAGUCUGUUACUACUACGACGGGGACGUUGGAAACUACUAUUAUGGACAGGGGCACCCCAUGAAGCCUCACCGCAUCCGCAUGACUCACAAUCUGCUGCUCAACUAUGGCCUCUACCGAAAGAUGGAGAUCUAUCGCCCUCACAAAGCCAGUGCUGAGGAGAUGACCAAGUACCACAGUGAUGACUACAUUAAAUUCUUGCGUUCCAUUCGCCCAGAUAACAUGUCUGAAUACAGUAAGCAGAUGCAAAGAUUCAACGUUGGUGAGGACUGUCCGGUGUUUGAUGGCCUGUUUGAGUUCUGUCAGUUGUCUACGGGUGGCUCUGUCGCAAGUGCUGUGAAACUCAAUAAGCAGCAGACGGACAUCGCUGUGAACUGGGCUGGGGGCCUGCACCAUGCAAAGAAGUCUGAAGCGUCUGGCUUCUGUUACGUCAAUGACAUCGUCUUGGCCAUCCUGGAACUGCUAAAGUAUCACCAGAGGGUGCUGUAUAUUGACAUUGAUAUUCACCAUGGCGAUGGCGUGGAAGAGGCCUUCUAUACUACAGACCGGGUCAUGACUGUGUCCUUUCAUAAAUACGGAGAGUACUUCCCAGGAACUGGGGACCUACGGGAUAUUGGGGCUGGCAAAGGCAAGUACUACGCUGUUAACUACCCACUGCGAGACGGCAUUGAUGAUGAGUCCUAUGAAGCCAUCUUCAAGCCAGUCAUGUCCAAAGUGAUGGAGAUGUUCCAGCCUAGUGCAGUGGUCUUACAGUGCGGCUCAGAUUCCCUGUCAGGGGAUCGGUUAGGAUGCUUCAAUCUGACCAUCAAAGGGCAUGCCAAGUGUGUGGAGUUCGUGAAGAGUUUCAAUUUGCCUAUGCUAAUGCUGGGAGGAGGCGGCUACACCAUCCGUAAUGUUGCUCGGUGCUGGACUUACGAAACAGCUGUGGCCCUGGACACAGAGAUCCCUAACGAGCUGCCAUACAAUGACUACUUUGAAUACUUUGGACCAGAUUUCAAGCUUCACAUCAGCCCUUCCAAUAUGACUAACCAGAACACUAAUGAAUACCUGGAAAAGAUCAAGCAGCGGCUCUUUGAGAACUUGAGAAUGCUGCCCCAUGCCCCUGGGGUCCAGAUGCAGGCCAUACCUGAGGAUGCCAUCCCAGAAGAGAGUGGUGAUGAGGACGAGGAAGAUCCUGACAAACGCAUCUCCAUUUGCUCCUCUGACAAACGCAUUGCCUGUGAGGAAGAAUUCUCGGAUUCGGAUGAGGAGGGAGAAGGUGGUCGCAAGAACUCUUCUAACUUCAAAAAAGCCAAAAGAGUCAAAACAGAGGAUGAGAAAGAGAAAGAUCCAGAAGAGAAAAAAGAAGUCACAGAAGAGGAGAAAAUCAAGGAGGAGAAGCCAGAAGCCAAAGGGGUCAAAGAAGAGGUCAAGUUGGCCUGAGCAAGAUCUGCAGCUCCAUCUUCUCCCCAAGUUCCUCACUUUCCCUCAAUUUCUCAGAUUUUAUAUUUUCUAUUCCUCUGUGUAUUUAUAUAAAAUAUAUUAAAUAUAACGUCCCCAGGGACUACUAGAUAGGAACCAGGGACCAGAGCACAGGGCAGUGGUGCUGGGAGCACUCUUCUCAGAGAGGGCUACCUUGUCCAUCCUGCUCCCCGGUCUGAGUGGAGAGAAAACCAGAAGACAAAAUCUUGAACUGCCAAGUGCCUGCUUAGGAGCUCUGUUAAGAUGCCCCUAUUAAACUUUUUAGAAGGGGUGGCUGGAUCUUCUAGGACCCCUUUUCAGGCUUGGGUAAUAUCAGCUAUUUUUAGAUUGGUUCUGUUUAUACCUUCCCACCCAUCCUGGGCAAACAAAAAAAAAAUUGACAUUGCCCUGUCUUCCCCAAUUCUGUAGGUGGAGGUUGUUAGCUUCCUUUUUGAGAUAUUUUCAUUUUGUGAGACUCUUUGUAAUAAAACAGCACAUUUCUAUAUCC